AUGACGCGGCGCAACGACGGCGGCGCGGCGGCCGCAGCAGCAGCGGAUGACGGCGGCAGUCUCCUCCCCUUCCCGCCGCCCGGCGAGGAGGUAGGCGCCGGGAUCCUGCCCGUCCUGCCGCCCGGCACAGAGGUCGCCAUCCCGGACAAGAACCCGCGCUCCAACGCGGCGACCGCCGCCACGGCCGCCGGCGUGCGCGCCUUCACCGCCCAGGCCGUCGCCUUUUACUUCCGCGCCCCGGUCAAGGCCUUCUUCCGCACGCGCGUCGACUACCUCGCCUACGCCCGCUCCGUCCAGCAGGCGCAGCAGGCGCAGGCCCGGGCGGGCGGCGACGGCCACCUCUCCUUCGCGCGGCGGCUGGCGCUGUGGGCGCGCGGGACCACGCCGGGCGUGCUGACGAGCGCGAUCAAGCACCACGGCUGGCGCGUCGUGCCGGACCAGGUGCUGCCCCCGCUGCUGGCCAACGUGGGCGUCGGCGCCGUGCUGUACACGAGCUACCUCCAGAUUCUGGGCCGGCUGCACGAGGAGAGCGCCAAGGCCAGCCGGCGCGUGUACCCUCCGCCGGACCCCACGGCCACCUUUGCGGCGGGGUUCCUGGCCGGCAGUAUCCAGAGCGUCGUAGCGGCGCCGCUGGACGCGAUCCAGGCGCGGUACGACCACCGGCAGCUGUUCGCGGGCGAGGCGGGGAGUAAUGGCGGCAAGCCGCAGAGCAUAUGGGCGUUCAGCACGGCCAAGCUGCGCGAGAUCGGCUUCCGCGGCAUAUUUGCCGGCUGGGGCCUGUCGUGGAUGAAGGACAGCUUCGGCAACGCGGUGUUCUUCAGCACGUUUGAGUACGUCAAGGCGCAAGGGUAUUACAAGUUUGUGAGGUGGUACUACGGCGGGCUCAACGAGGACCUCUUGGACAUAUUGGCGCGCAAGCGGCCGACGCACGACCACCGCCUGCGGACCGAGGGUGCUGACCCAGGCAGCGCGCCGCUGAUCAUCCGACCGCACUACGCGAUCGAGCCAGCGUUCCUGCUGCUGGCCGGCGUCAGCGCGUCGGUCGCUCAGCAGGUGCUGCUCCACCCGCUGACCAACAUACAGAUGGAGCACUGGGACCACCUGGAGGAUCUCGACGAGAAGGCGCGCAAGCUGAGAGAAAGACGAGCGAAAGAGCAGCAACUGAAGAACAACAGCGAAAGUGCUACCAACAGCCCAGCCAAACCGAGACGGCGCUGGCGCAUGCUUCGGGCGUACUACCACGCCUACCAGGAGACGUGGCAGCAGUGCAAGGGGCAGGCGGCGGCCGAGGGCCAGAGCGUGUCGCGGUGGCUGUGGAGAGGGUUCUGGUGGAAUACCAUCCGGCAGGUGCCCAGCACGAGCGCGGGCCUGAUCAUAUUUGAGCUGGUGCGGCGCAAGUACGGCUUCGACGAGGGCGAGGUGCGGAUCACGCGGGAUGGCUACGACAUUCUGCUCAAGUGA